AUCGCAACCUUGGGAGCCGGAGGUUUAUCCCCACCACGAACGCCUCCUCUUCUUCUUCCGAUGCGGGGAGGCUGAGCUCGCAAUCCCCAAAGCUCGCGGAGAUGGACGCCAAGCUGCUCCUCCUCCCCUUCCCCUCGCCGCCGGCCACUCUCCACCACCACCCGCCGCCCCCCAAAUCCCUCUUCCUCGGCGCCUCCCUCCCGCUCCUCCACCCGCCGCCGCCGCUGCGGCUGCUGCGGCCCGGCGCCCCGCGGCGGCUGGCGGUGGUGGCGCAGGCCGCCGUGAAGCGGCGCAAGGAGAUCCCGUUCGACAACGUCAUCCAGCGCGACAAGAAGCUCAAGCUGGUGCUCAAGCUCCGCAACAUCCUCGUCUCCAACCCGGACCGCGUCAUGAGCCUCCGCGACCUCGGCCGCUUCCGCCGCGACCUCGGCCUCACCCGCAAGCGCCGCCUCAUCGCGCUCCUCAAGCGGUUCCCGGGUGUCUUCGAGGUCGUCGAGGAGGGCGUCUACUCGCUCAGGUUCCGCCUUACCCCGGCCGCCGAGCGCCUCUACCUCGACGAGCUCCACCUCAAGAAUGAGUCCGAGGGCCUAGCCGUCACCAAGCUCCGCAAGCUCCUCAUGAUGUCGCAGGACAAGCGCAUCCUCAUUGAGAAGAUUGCGCACCUCAAGAACGAUCUUGGACUCCCGCCGGAGUUCCGCGACACUAUCUGCCUCAGGUACCCACAGUACUUCCGCGUCGUCCAGAUGGACCGAGGGCCAGGGCUGGAGCUCACUCAUUGGGACCCUGAAUUGGCGGUGUCGGCAGCGGAGGUUGCCGAGGAGGAGAAUCGAGCGAGGGAAGAACAAGAGAGGAAUCUGAUCAUUGACCGGCCACUCAAGUUUAAUCGGGUGAAGCUACCACAGGGGCUGAAAUUAUCAAGAGGGGAGGCGCGCAGGGUUGCGCAAUUCAAGGAAAUGCCAUACAUUUCGCCGUACUCUGACUUCUCGCAUCUGCGAUCCGGGUCGGCUGAGAAGGAGAAGCAUGCUUGCGGCGUAGUUCAUGAGAUUUUGAGCCUGACACUUGAGAAGCGCACGCUGGUGGAUCAUCUGACACACUUCCGGGAGGAAUUCCGGUUCUCGCAAUCUCUGCGUGGUAUGCUAAUUCGCCACCCAGACAUGUUUUACGUGUCGCUUAAGGGGGACAGGGACUCGGUCUUCCUCCGUGAGGCAUACAAGAACUCCCAGUUGGUCGAGAAGAGCAAACUCGUGCUGCUUAAGGAGAAGAUGAGGGCUCUUGUUGCAGUCCCACGCUUCCCUAGAAGGGGUGUGCCGGCAACUAGUGAGGAGGCUGAUAGAACCAAUGGAGCUGCGCAAAUGCUGAGUGAAGGAAGCGAUGUAGAAGAUGAUGAAGACGAGGGAUUGUCGGAUAUGGAAGACUUAAUUAGUGAGAUUUCUGGUGGCAAAUCUGACACAGACUACCACUGGGGAGAUGGCUGGGUUGGCGAGAAUGAUGACUCGCCACCAGACUUCGAAGACGAUGAUGGCUCAAGUCUUAAAGAAGUCAAGGUGACUAUGAAGAAAACUGCUAAUUCUGCCAAUGGCAAGGCACAUGUUCCUGUUUUUCCUGAUGGCAGACCAAGGGAACGAUGGUAAAAUGAUCUAUUUUAGAUUGUUUGGUAGAGUGUGUAAUCUUUGUUGUUAGUUAUUUCAUCAUAUCUAGAAAGUCGCAAAACCCUCAGUCCUUUGAGGUGCUGCUUGAAUUUUGUUACCGAGCACAUGAAUAGCAUAUCAGAAUUUGAACAGUUCACAUGAAUCAUCACUAAUAUAGUGAACGAAUUUGAAGUUGUGGGGGUUUGUGAUCAA